AUGGCGGAGGUAGUGGGUGUUAUUGCCAGCAUUGCCGGCCUGGUCCAAAUCACUGCUACAGUAUAUGGUCUAAUUCAUACUUACGUUGGGGGCGUCAAUCGAGCAGAUAAAGACCGCCAGGAAUUACUGGGGGAGCUCAAGACACUCAGCCUUCUCCUUAUUCACUUGCAAGACGAAGUUAGAGAGAACUGGGAAGGGUCACCAGCACUGCAAGAAUUAUGCUCCAAGGAAGGGGCACUUCAGGGGUGUGCUCUGAAGUGUGCUGUAGAGUUAGAAAAGUUGGAGGCCCGGUUUAAGCAGAAGAAUCGAUUCCUAAGCCGCCUGAAAUGGCCAUUACAGGCGGGUGAAACCAAGGAAUACAUAGAAAAGCUUGAGAGAUUUAAAUCAACGGUUGAUAUAGCUUUGGGUUUGGACAAUCGCGCAAGCGUGAGAAGGCUCGAAGAGAACGUCAAAUCUACAACCCUUUUGAUUCAGGAUUUCAGGGCUGAGACAAAAUCUAUGAUAAACCUUGCGAUCCAAAAUGUUGGGCCAUCUAGAGCGGAUGUCUCGUCAGCACGCAAAACUGUACUAGAUUGGAUAUACCCGGGGGAUUUCAACGCUAAACACUACGAAAUCAGCAAUAGGAGACAAAAAGGUACAGGUGAUUGGCUUCUGAAAUCGCCAGAAUUUGUCGGCUGGGUUGAAGGGAAGUUAAAAUCCCGCUUACUUUGGGGUCACGGCAUUCCUGGAGCUGGCAAGACAUUUUUGAGCUCCACUCUUGUGCGAAUGGGAUGUUUUUGCUUAUCCUCUGAUCAGAAAUUGACAUUUGAGCCUUUUCUGCAUUUUCUUGGAAAAUCGGAUAAUGUUACUCUUUUUUUUGCUAUAUACUCUAAUCUAUCACAUCUACAUGUCCGGUCGCCCGUACGCGUCUCGUCGCCAUUACACAUCGCAUCUUCUGCAGGUCACCUAGAAGUCGUAAAACGAUUGGUCGAAAAGGGUGAGGAUGUUUUAGUUAGGGAUUGGAACUCAAGACUUCCAUUACAUGUUGCUGCUUCGGAGGGUCAGAAGGCAGUGGUGAACUAUCUUCUUCGAACCAGACAUGGACGACAACACUGGGUAGCCAAUAUUAAAGGAUAUAACGGAAAUAAUGCAUUGCAUGAGGCAUGUUUGGCAGGUCAUGAGCGGGUAGUUAUGCUACUUCUCAACAAACGCCUGUAUCCCCCAUGGAUUCGAAAUAUACAUAGGCUCGUAAACAUAUAUCAAGAUACCGCGCUGGAUUUAGCUGUUGAAAAUGGACAUGAGGCAGUGGUUAAGCUACUUCUCGACAAGGGAGCUAAUGUAAACGCUAUUAACGAAUUAAACGAGACUCCAUUGCACAAGACAGCUAGAAAAGGAGACGAGGGAGUGGUCAAGCUGCUUCUCGACAACGGAGCUGAUGUAAACGCUUAUGACAAAUCGAACGAGACUGCAUUGCACAAGGCAGCUAAGUAUGGAAAGGUGGCAGUGGCCAAGCUGCUUCUCGACAGAGGAGCUAAUAUAAACGCCGUGGACGGAUCGAACGAGACUGCAUGGCACAAGGCAGCUGGUAAUUGGUAUAGCAGAAAUGGGGCAGUAGUCAAGCUGCUUCUCGACAACGGAGCUGAUGUAAACGCUGUUGACAAAUCGAACCAGACCGCAUUGCACAAGGCAGCAGAAAAUGGGACGGAAGCAGUGAUCGAGCUGCUUCUCGACAACGGAGCUGAUGUAAACGCUAUUGACAAAUCAAACGAGACCGCAUUGCACAAGGCAGUUAGACACGGAAAAGGGUCAAUGGUCAAACUACUACUCGACAAAGGAGCUGAUGUAAACGCCCUAGGCGAAUCGAACGAGACUGCAUUACACAAGGCAGCUAGGUGGGGGGAGAAGGCAGUGAUCAGGCUGCUUCUGGACAGAGGAGCUGAUGUAAACGCCGUGAACGAAUCGAAUGAGACUGCAUUACACAUGGCAGUUUCCGAUUACCGCAACGAGGUAGUGGUUAUGUUACUUCUCGACAGGGGAGCUGAUGUAAACGCUGUUGACAAAUCGAACGAGACUGCAUUGUACAAGGCAGCUAUCUAUGGAGGGGAGGAAAUAGUCAAGCUGCUGCUUGAGAACGGAGCUGAUGACAUACUUUCUGCGAAUAACAGAUCCGGCUUGACAUUCUCAUAUCACCGGAACCCGGACAGGACACUAUUCCUCUUGACAGCGGGACCUUUACUGUUCGACACCUGGUCGACACUGUCUGUCUGA